GCACUGUUUUACAAUUUACAAUUAAUUGAUCGUAGAAUUAUAGCAAUUUUGAACAAAUAGGGCGGCGUAUUUUUAAUAUUAACAUCAAUAUGUUCACAUAAAACUCAGCGUUAAAUUAUUUGCAACAAAUUAUUGGCUUUUAGUAAUCACCUGCCAGUGAAUCACAUCUCGGCGGCAAACAGAGAAUAGACCCGCGCUUUUCAUUGCACUUUUGAGUGAUUUUCUGGCUACAUUUAUGAAUGUGCACAUCUGUGAGCUGCAUUUGCACUACAAGAGGAGAUCUUUCUGACUGGUUAUUCCCGAAAUUUGGCCACAAAGCGCAAUUUUUUGCAGUAUGAGCACACAAAAACGCAUCAAAAUUAACAAUAGCUAUGAAUCUGAACCGUCUAGUAGUUCUUCAAUCAACGAACCACUCGAGUACAGCUCAGUAUAUGACGGAAGUAUGCAUUUACCAUAUAUACUAAAACCACCAUCAUACGAAACUGAAGUAAUUAUACCAGCGGACGGUAAUUUUUGUACAUCAAGUGGGGAAUAUAAAAUUCCUUUCACAGCAAUGUCUGGUUCUAUAAUAUAUGAGGAAAAGUCACCAACUAAGAGUAAUGAUAUAACAGAAAUAUAUGAGGAAAAGUCACCAACUAAGAGUAAUGAAAGUGCUAUAAGUCCAAAUUUAAGUCAAAAAUCCGCUUUCAAAGGUUUUAGCGGGAGCCCGUACGGGAAGCUUCAAAGAGAGUUUUUUUCAUCUACCUCAGUGCCUUCUCAAGUACCGACUUCAUUAGAAAAUUUGACUGAACGCAAGCCGUUGCCUACUAAAGGCAAUAUCAUGUUUUCUAGGUUCUAUGAUAUGGUUAUGGAGGAGAAUAGUUGUAAUGCUGUUGAUAUACAGUUGUCAAAUGAAGAGCCAGUACCUAGUGAUCGCGAUGAAGAUGAGCAGGAAAAUGGUGUCGAUUAUUUGUUGGCUCUCAGCAAAGAGUCUGAUACAAAUGUGGAACGCAAGCCUUUUAAAUUAUCCAUCGAGCUCUCAUUUAACGGAAAAAUUAAAAGUCUAACACCACCAUCCGAAAUUAACGAACAGGAACCCACAACAGAAAAUUCCAAUCAGGAUAUAACCCAAUCCUUUAUCAUCAAAAAGUACAGCAAUGAAAAAUCACCAGAUCUAUUUGAAGACGAAGAUGAUGAGGACGGAAGCAAUGAAAAUCAAUACAGUUUCAGAGCUGAAGAUUUAAUUGAGGUUGUAGAUACGACAAACAAUGAAGACAGCACAAUAGCAACGAAAAAUUAUGUCAAUGAAUCCAAAGAGAAGUUUGGAUUACCAGAAGCCAUAGCAGAUUGCGAUGAAAGUUUUUGCGAGAAAACUGUAGUUAGUACUGCAGACACAAGCAUAAAUAAAUCACUUACUUGGCAUACUGAGUCCAGCUUUGCAGACGAUCAAACCUGUGAAAUAGAUUCACUACGAGUGCAGCAGUUGAGUGACUCUUACACCUUAUUCCGGGAGAACUGCCGCAGAGAACGAGAGCUUUUACGACGCAUACGCAAGUGCUUGGCGGGUGUGCCGCCACCUCCCUCUGUAACCAUACCACAAUUGGACAUGUUUAGCUCGGUAAUAAGCCGAAAACAAGAUAUUUUGCACUUUACCAGCGACAUUGACACUUCCAGUGGCCCGGACUCUUGUAGUUCUUCAGCGAUAUUAUCAAGUCUCUUCAAACCCACACACUCAAUUGCCGAAGCAAGAGAAAUAGGUUGGCGGCAAGUGUUAGGUGUUCGCCAGCAUGGCUUUUGUUUUAACUUGUGCAAAGCCUCUGAAAACAAUGAAUAUUUAGGAUUAUCGGUGAUUGAGCGUUUUAUAGGUGCAGAAACGGCCUCUUCAUAUCGUAAUUCACCGUCAAGCGAGAAGAAGCGCAAUGCACGCAUGAAAUUACUAACGCAAUCGCCUGGCAAUCGUUUAAGCCAUUUAGCUAGACGUCGAGCCACUUUUUCAUCGGCGCAAUUGGCCACACAAAAAUCGAAUACUUUACGUGGACCACAAAUAUUGGUUGAAACUAAAAAGAAAAUUAAACAUCGUCGUAAGAACACACCCAAACGUAUGACACCCGGUAGCAAAAAUAAAACUCGCAAAACGCCUUCAUCAUCGGCACGUAAAAGACUGUUUCGUUGCGAUCUCAUCAAACCCGGCCCUUCCCGAGAAGCAUCGAAGCGUGCUCUGUUCCAAAGCCCACCUAAGCAACUGGAGCACAAAAAACCAGUCCAUAGGUUUAUGCCCAACAUUAAGCCCGAAAUUGCCAAUCGUGUUGAGAAGUCCAAGCGAGCUCUCUUCUCUCCCGAUAAACAAUCUGAAGGCAUAAACUAUUCUGCCAAUUCAAGUUAUCAGCACGGACGUUUUAAUACUCAUCACUUUGAUUCCAUUUUGAAGAGAAAGCGGUCGGUUAUUGACGACGAUGACACUGGCGACUUAGCGGAUUUACCCUCGCAAAGUAUCAAAUUGUUUCGUGGUGGGGCGGAAAACUUAACGCCACGUGCACUCAAGAUAAAAAGUCAAAGCUUCUGUAUAGGGACUGGUUCCUCGUCAACUAUGGUUAGCGCUGAUGUCAUAGCAACGUCUAAUAAUACCGUAAUAUAUAAUCGUGAUAUAAUAAUGCGUGCGAAUUUGGAACCUAGCAGCAGCACUACCAUUGACAGUACAGCGGUUUUAUCAACUGCUAGUACCGCAGGAAAAAUUCAACGCUCAUACUCUGAAAUGAUUGCGCAAACAAACAGUUUAACAGAGAACCAGCGGAAGAAACUGUUAUGGGCCGUUUCUCAGGCUCUGCAAGAAAAGAAAAUUACUACGAAGCAUGAUAGCUUUAAGCAAUAUGCGGCAGUACUGGCCAGAGUUGUUCGGCGUAUAUUUCAGGAAUUUUUUCAAAAGAGCAGCACGAGCAAUAGCGAAACGUUGCUACGUUUGGCCAAGCGGUAUGUGCACAAUGUGAUUGGUGGUCGUGGCGCCGACGAUGUUUAUCUGCAAGCAAAAGCGAAAAUACUACGCGAGAAAAACGAAUCAAACUGCCGUCUAAGCGGCUACAUUGGGCCAGAGGAAUAUCAGCGUCUGAAGGACUCACAACAACAGCAUUUACAAGAAGAGCAAUCGAAUUUAUUUAGUCAAAAUUCCAUGCAUUCUGGUUCGAUAACGAACAUAUUUUCGGCAGAGCCAUCAUUGGACUCCUUUGGUUUAACAAAUAGCCACGAGAUAAAACCCUCAACUAAUGCAAUAGCCUCGACUUUUACUUCCCAAUCACAAUUAAUUGAGAGCACAUCAACUCAACCAUCGCCUCUAAAAAAGCUACCCAUUCAGUCGAAUGAGUCUCAACAGAAUAGUUCGUCGAAGAAUAAUACGUGCGGAUUAGCUCUGCGUGAAAACGUCAAUUUUGAUUCCGAUCAACGUCGUUCCGCUCAGAAGAACUUCACUGGUAAAGAUCAGCGCAAUGUAAGUCCAUAUGCGCAUAAUAACAAUCAUUACUUUAAUAACAACCAGCUGAAAACAAACUUGAUACAAGGUGCCUCGGUUGGCAAGUUGCAAUUGCAAACAAAGAACAUUGCCUUGGACUCGAGUUUGCUUCAUUUGGGUUCGAACAAAGUAAAGCGGCAAAUAAGUUUUGAUAAUUAAUCUCCACCCUAACCCUUUAGACAAUUUCUAGAUCUUUUAAAAAUGUAAAAAUUGCGUUCGAAGUUUUUCUUUUAACGCCAAUCGUGAAUUAUUGAUUAUUUAGGUAUUGGUUAGUAGAAUAAACAAUGUUAAAGCAUAUAUCAACAUAUAUGAUUGUAAAAAGAACAAAGUAAAAACAAUUCAUGAGUCAACGAUUUGAUAAUUUUGCUUUCAAUAACUGUACCGCUGCUAUGGUCCACGAUUACAAACGCGGCGCACUUCUUUUAAGGCAAUUAUGUUCUCACAUUUUUUAGUAUAAUUUUGUGAUCACCGUACGUGUGCUUGGAAAGCAAAAACAUAUACUAUUCUUAGCGGAGCCGCAUAUGAUUAAAUUAAUACAUAUUGGGUCUCAUAAUAGAAGGAAGACGGUUCUAUGGGAUGACUGAUCUAACUUAUAAUACAUAUGUAUUGCUAUAAAGUGUAUUAAGAUAAUUUAACUUUUAAGUCGGCCCAGUACACCUGUGUAAGCAAUAGUUAGUGAAUAAAAAAUGCAUAGUUAAGAUAAAU